AUGGCGACUGACUCCCCGCUCCCCAUUCUCGCCACCUCUCCCCCCAGCUCCCUUGCCGGACAGCGCGACGGCUAUUUCCAGUGUGGUUCCUGCGCAAAAAGAUACAAUCGAGCCGACCACCUAAUCCGACAUGUUCGAACCCAUACCCGUGAGAAGCCAUAUGUAUGUGACGUCUGCAACAAAGGCUUCGCCAGGCCGGACCUGAUGAAGCGACACGCGGCCGGUCAUAUUCACCCACGCGACACCAAACGAAGGCGCCUCUCCUCCUAUCCCAAGAAUGGUCGUGUGUCGCAGGCCUGUAAGACCUGCGCUGCAUCGAAACUCAAGUGCGAUGACGAGAAGCCCUGUCGCCGAUGUCAGGAAAAGAAUCUGGUCUGCCAUUGGGCGCAGGGGGUCAGUUCGAUCGACGGAUCCCCUCCAUCCCAACGUCAAGUAUGUGAAAGCGACCAGGCGCCACAUCUCCCGAUCGACGGGCAAAUCAAGCCCGGUCCACCCCAGAUGGCCAGUCCCAAUGCGCAGAUGGACAAUUACCUCCCUGCGGGGCUUCAAUCAGGGCUGCCUACGAUGGAUAGCGACAGCGGCGUGUUCAGCGUCGACGGAACCUUCUUUCCCGACUUUAUCCCGGACUCACUGAUCCCGUCAUUGUCUCGAAUGAGCGAUCUGGACCCGCUGCCGGUCCUUCCACAGGACUCCAUCCACAAUGUCUUUGACCACAAUGUCGACUUCGACUUCGAUUUGACCGACUUGGAUUAUGGUCUCAUUGACCUGUUCAACUCGCGGGGCGCUGUCCAUCAUCAUCAUCAUCAUGCCUACAAUAGCGACGGAGCCACCGAGCAUGGUGAUGCGGACAGCGGCAUUGCCAUCGGCGCCGAGGCGUAUCAUCGGUCAUCUCUGUCCGCGUGGAAACCCGCCCGCGAAGAUCAUGCCUUUGCUGACCAGGAGAAUCUGUCUGUCCCGGAGGCGAUUGACAGCCCCGAGGCCAAUUUUAGACCAGAUCGUCAGAUGGUCUCGGAACGGUUGUCCCCCAGCGGCCGUGAUCGCAUUUUUGGCCUAGUGCUGCAGACCAGUCAGCGAACCAACCUUACUCGCAUCAUCAAAUCCUUCCCAAGUACCCAACUGCUGGACAGCUUGAUACAGUACUACUUUGAGUCCCAAUGUCAUGACAUCGACUCCUGGAUCCACGGACCGACCUUUCGGAUGAAUGACGAAGCCCCCGAUAUGCUUGCCGCUCUGGCCGCGGCUGGAGCCACUAGAUCAACCAUCCCGACCAUCCGCAAGUUAGGUUAUGCCUUGAUGGAAAUCGUGCGUCUGCAGCUGUCGGAUAAGUACGAGAGCGACAAUACCACCAUACGCGAUCUGCGCGCCUCGCAGACGUUUGCGCUGACCCUUGAAAUCGGAAUAUGGAGUGGCAAUGCCCGGAGGACGGAGAUUGCAGAAAGCUUCCAGCAGCCUCUGGUCACGAUGAUGCGACGCGGCUUACGUUUUCGACGCUCGGCCUAUCCCAACAUCGCCCCGAGCCCCGACGACGAUGGAGAUAUUCUGGAGAAAAAGUGGCGGGAUUGGGCUCAUUCCGAAUCAUUCAACAGACUCGUGCAUCACCUGUUUCUGCACGAUGCCCAGUCGGCCAUGAUGUUGAACGUGAACCCAAUCAUUUCGUACUCCGAGCUGGAGCUUCCCCUGCCUGCUCCUCGCUCGUUGUGGGAGGCGAAAUCGGCCACCGACUGGAAGGAAGCGUACUUGGCGAGCGGACUGUCGAGCCAUGGCCGAACGCCCUCGUUGGUUGACACGCUCCAAGACAUGUCGCAGUUGUCGGCAUUUCAGUCGCGAAUCGAUCUUCAACUGUCUACCUCGGCCGUCAUCCACGGUCUCUUCACGCUGAUCAGCGAAUAUCAUCGCCACAAAUUCAUCGCGAAAGGCCAUUCCAAACAUUGGAAUGCUUUGGUGAUCAGUUCGCGACAUCAAGAGUUGUCACAAGCGAUGCAACAUCUACGCAUGCUGUGUUUCGAGAUGUCCAGCGCUCUCGGGCCCCGGAUUAUUCUGGUCUCGGAGCUCAUCUCCAUGUUCCUCCACAUGUCGCUGGAGGAGCUGCAGCUGUUCGCCGGCAAGGAGGAUAAGAACCAAGCCCGUCGGGUAUACCAGAGCGCGCUCGAGUGGAUCGGCAGUAUUGACUCGCGCCGAGCGAUUUGGCACGCCGGCCAGGUGAUACGGGCGGCCAAAGUCAUGCCCCCGGGGUCUUUGACUGGGUUCUUUGCGUUGGGCGUGUACUACGCUAGUCUCGCGUUUUGGUCCUACAGUGUCGUCUCCAGAGCCAAAGGUUCUCCAGCGGCCGUCGUCAGGCCGCCAUCGGAUUCGCACUUCGGCGGGCCCUGGCCUACCGUCUACCUGGACGGUGAGGAAACGGCCGACGUGCAGAGGUUCAUCUCUUUAGGGUGCGGCUGUCCGGCUUUGCAGGCUCCCAGUGGUGCCGCGGUCAUCACUGAUCCUGGUCAGAUCAUGGAUGCAAUUCAGGGGAUUCUGCGAGGUGAUGCUCACCAUGAUAACAUACCUCCUUUGGUCCAGGGUCUUACUCAGUUGAUGUGCGAUCUGGGCAACGCAGCGCGAUCCAAGACCUAUGCCCCCACAUGA